CUGCGCAUGCGUAAAUCGUCAAGUCCUUGGACGUUCCGAUCGCUGUAGGUGAAGCGUCUCGAGAGGGACGUACUGUCAAAAUGCAGACCUGGAACCAUCUAUACCGCACACUCGCCACGCGAGGUCAGCCCCUCUCCUGCAAGAUACACGGUGCCACAGUCUUAUCUGCAAGAACGUAUGCAGACAAAUCAGCAAUCGAUGCUGACGUCACAGUUGUGGGAUCUGGGCCUGGAGGGUACGUUGCUGCCAUCAAAGCAGCUCAGCUUGGUUUUAAGACAGUGUGCGUGGAAAAGAAUGUGACCCUUGGAGGAACGUGCUUAAAUGUGGGCUGCAUCCCAUCAAAGGCUCUUCUGAACAACUCUUACUUGUAUCACUUGGCACAUGGGAAAGACUUUGAAAGCAGAGGCAUUGAAAUUCAGGGGCUGUCAUUGAACCUGGAGAAGAUGAUGGCACAGAAGAGUGGGGCUGUCAAAGCGCUGACAGGAGGAAUCGCACACUUAUUCAAACAGAACAAAGUAACUCAUGUCAAUGGGUUUGGAACGAUAACUGGUAAGAAUCAAGUGACUGCGAAGACUGCUGAUGGAGAUCAUGUCAUAAACACUAAGAACAUCCUGAUCGCCACUGGAUCAGAUGUCACCCCUUUCCCAGGGAUUCAGAUCGAUGAAGACACUGUGGUCUCUUCCACUGGCGCUUUGUCCCUCAAGAAGGUUCCAGAAGAGCUCAUUGUGAUUGGUGCUGGAGUCAUUGGAGUCGAGUUGGGGUCCGUGUGGCAGAGAUUGGGUGCCAAAGUUACAGCCGUUGAGUUUCUCGGACAUGUUGGGGGAAUGGGCAUCGACAUGGAGAUCUCCAAGAACUUCCAGCGAAUUCUUCAGAAGCAGGGCUUGCAGUUCAAACUGGGCACCAAGGUUUUGGGUGCCACCAAGAGACCUGACGGCAAGAUUGAUGUAGCUGUGGAGGCUGCUGCUGGGGGAAAGAAUGAGACGCUCACAUGUGACGUUCUCUUGGUGUGCAUCGGUCGCCGCCCCUUCACCGGGAACCUCGGCCUUGAGAGUUUGGGUAUCGAGCUGGAUAACCGUGGAAGAAUUCCGGUCAACGGUCGCUUCCAGACCAAAGUGCCUAGUAUCUAUGCUAUUGGAGAUGUGAUAGCUGGACCCAUGUUGGCCCACAAAGCUGAGGAUGAAGGUAUCAUUUGUGUUGAGGGAAUGGCAGGGGGAGCCGUCCAUAUCGACUACAAUUGUGUACCCUCUGUUAUUUACACACACCCUGAGGUCGCCUGGGUUGGUAAAACUGAGGAACAACUCAAAGAGGAAGGCGUGCCUUAUAAAGUGGGCAAAUUCCCAUUUGCUGCUAACAGCAGAGCGAAGACAAACGCGGAUACAGAUGGACUGGUGAAGAUCCUCAGCCACAAGGAUACAGACAGGUUGCUGGGAUCACACAUUGUGGGAACGGGAGCAGGGGAGAUGAUUAAUGAGGCUGCAUUAGCAAUGGAGUAUGGAGCAUCAUGUGAGGACAUUGCAAGAGUGUGCCAUGCCCACCCUACUGUGUCAGAGGCAUUCAGGGAAGCCAACCUUGCUGCUUCGUUUGGAAAAGCUAUCAACUUUUAGAUUU